GCCUACUCCCGCGUCUACGAGCCUGCUUUCGCCUACUCGCUACGCCCGGGGCCUACUCCCACCCGCUCGAGGUGCUUAGUCCCGUCUGCAUUCUCUCUCUCUCUCUCUCUCUCUCUCUCUCUCUCUCUCUCUCUCUCUCUCUCUCGCGGGUUCCGCUUUGGUGCUUCGUAGCACGUGGUCCGUGCUUCGGUGCUUUGUGGUACGUGCUUGGUGCUUCCGUGAAACAUUGUGGAUUCUGUGCUUCAUGUUUCGUGCUUCGUCCAUUGUGGAUUCUGUGCUUCAUGAUUCGUGCUUCGUCCUUGCCACUUCGUGGAUUCGGUGUUUGGUGCAUCGUGGGUUCGUGGUGGAUUCGGUGCUGUGAGUUGGUGCUUUCGUGAAUCGGUGCUGCGUGGAUCGGUGGUUCGCGCGUGGAUCGUGAGUUCCUGCUAAGUGCUCCGACGUGAGCUUCGAUGUGGAUUCCUGCUAGAGGAAUUUAAAAAGAAAAGCGGAGUGAGCUUGCCGGAGUCGGGAUUGGGAGGAGGAGGGAGAGGUGGGGACGCAACAAAGAGAAGAGCGAGUGACAUCAGGGAGCUGACUACGACAUGGAGAAGGAAGGUGGUGACGUGGCGGGAAAGAAAUUGAAGGGGGAAGGAUGGCAAAACUUUCAGCCACCGGCAAACUUUGACAUGUCGAGCAUUGAUACAAUUGCGAAGGAAGAGCUAGCAUCUGAUGACGUGGAACUAUGGUUUGUGCAAAUGCCUCUCAACAUGGACGUGCAGGACCUGUCCGGCAUGAGGAUGAGGUUGAAACUGUCUGAUCAGGAGCAUUCCGAAGAGGAUGGCAUCUUAGGUCGUCUUCGUCUGCCAGAUGGUGCAUACAAGGUUGUGGAGGAGGACCCUUCGCUGACCCGCCUGAUGGGAUCUUUGGUCCUUGAUCACGCCAAAGGAACAGGCGUUGCAGCCUUCAGGCAGUUUGACAGGAGGGUGACAGUGAUGAGAAGCAUAAAAGUGCCAUGGCUUGUCGAAAAUGAGGGCACGAAGAUCGACAGCGAUGGGGAGGAUGAUGAGAACGAGGCAGCUCGUAGGAGAAUGGAGGUGGAGACGGAAUCACAACAGGCUGGAAACAGCAUGGCGGGAAAAAGUGGGGAAGCAGUAGAGAAGGAUGGGGGAGAGGGCAAGGGAGACAAUCAGUCGGGUGCCGCUGGGAAGUUCAUCGAACUUGGUAUCUGUUCCCAGCUUGCAGAUGCAGCAGAAUCCAUGGGAUGGAAGGCGCCUUCUGCGAUACAGGCCGAGUCUAUCCCUCAUGCACUGGAGGGGCGUGACAUCAUUGCGUUGGCUCAGACUGGCUCUGGGAAGACAGCGGCAUUCGCAAUCCCCAUUUUGCAGGCGCUGCUUGAGAAACCCCAGCCCCUUUUUGCAUGUGUUCUGUCGCCUACUCGUGAGCUUGCUAUUCAGAUAGCUGAGCAAUUUGAGGCCCUGGGGUCUGGAAUCGGGGUGAAGUGCGCGGUGGUGGUGGGAGGAAUCGACAUGAUGGCGCAAUCAAUUGCUCUUGCGAAACGACCGCACAUUGUGGUUGGGACACCAGGUCGAUUGGUGGACCAUCUCUCGAACACGAAGGGGUUCAAUAUACGAACAGUCAAGUACCUUGUCCUUGAUGAGGCGGAUAGAUUGCUGAACAUGGACUUUGAAAAAGAGAUUGACGAGAUUCUGAAGGUGGCCCCAAGGGACCGACGCACAUACCUGUUCUCUGCCACAAUGACGAGUAAAGUGGCGAAGCUGCAGCGUGCUUGUCUGAAAAACCCUGUGAAGGUGGAGGUUUGUUCCAAGUAUACGACAGUAGACACCCUUCGGCAGCAAUACAUGUUUGUCCCUGCAAAGUUCAAGGAUUGCUAUUUUGUCUAUCUGAUGAAUGAGAUCGCAGGGAACACGGCAAUGGUCUUCACACGCACAUGCGACGGGACGACGCGACUUGCGCUGCUUCUCCGUAACCUCGGCUUCGAUUCAAUUCCCAUCAGUGGGCAACUGAGUCAGCCGAAGCGACUGGGAGCUCUGGCAAAGUUUAAGGCAGGGGAGAGGUCCAUUCUCAUCUGCACGGACGUUGCGAGUAGGGGAUUGGAUAUUCCAAGCGUCGACGUGGUCAUUAAUUAUGACAUACCGACCAAUUCGAAGGAUUACAUCCACAGGGUUGGGCGAACUGCACGUGCAGGAAGGUCUGGCCGGGCAGUAUCGAUUGUCACACAGUAUGAUGUGGAGCUGUACCAGAAGAUCGAGCACCUGGUAGGCAAGAAAAUGGAGGCAUUCCCAGCAGAGCAGGAAGAUGUGCUACUUCUUCAGGAGAGGGUCAAUGAUGCACAGAGAAUGGCAAUCACAUAUAUGAAAGAAAAGGACAGCAACCGCAAAGGGGCCAAGAGGAGGAAAGGUGGGGACGAGGGGGAUGACGAUGUACGCUUUAAGUCGGCGGGCAAGGGUAGGCAAAGGAGAUGAUUGUGUAUUGGCCAGAGGGAAACAGGUAGUUAAAGCUAGGCAGAGGAGAGGAUGGUGUAGUAUAGGAAUUACUUGGGCCAUGAGGCAGAGGAAUCCGAUGUUGCUGCUGGUGAUUGCGACGUUCUUGCCGAUGAUGGAAAGAAGGCACCUGAGGUCUUGCCUUUUAAUGUACAAGGCCAAAGACCACUGAAAGUGGGAAUACUGACACGUUGUGAGAUCUGUGGCGCUGAUGAAAUAUCUGCACUUUUUUUCUCUGUUUUCCAAACACGCACACGCCCCUUCCUCUCUGGGGGGCAACAGUCUGGUUGCUUAUCAUCGGCAAACAUACAAGAGGGAAAAUCGACAUCAGAUUGUGGCUGCUCUGCCCCAGCAGUAGUCCCAAUGGGCAGCAAGUAAGUGUUGGUGUGCAAUGGGGGGCAGAACUAGGUGUCUGAGCGCUUGGGGGUGCUCCUUGCCGGUAGAUGCCUUGCGUGCCCUGUUCCAAGGGAACAAGAGGUGAUUGCCUUCACCCAUCGCGCAGCAACAGAGCUGCUGCUACUGAAAGUUUGCCAUGCUCAGUGCCGUCCGUGGCCACAUCCGUUCAGAGCAAGCUCGCCCAACCCCGAUUCAAAACACUCCAUGCGCUUUGCACCUCCAGUACUCUACAUCACACACCUUAAAUACUUGCAAGAACACUCUAAAAUAGUAAAAUCCCCUCUCCCAG